AGGCGACACCAGCUCCGACCCGUUCGCUCACCGGCGUCGAGAUAUUUUUGGGCCAUCGCCGGCCGACCACCGCGACGCCGCGCACGGAGCCCGGAGCCAAGCGCGGACAAAAUAGCAAGUCGGCGACGCCGUGCCGACUUUGCUGGGAACCUGACAUCAGGGCCCCAGCGACGUGCAGGGUGGCCAGAUACAACUCCCCCUUGGGCUUCGUCUCUUGCCUCUUGGGCUGCGCUGAGAGCCUGAGACUCCUAUAUAAAGUCAAGUGACCGUCAAAGAUCUGUCGUCCCCCUCCCAACCCGUCUGCGGCCCAUUACCAUUCCAAGAGAGGCAGCGGAAGUCGGCAGAGUGAACCGGCGGAGAGCUUGGAGCCAAGGCCUUGUGUUGUGCGUGCCACAUUACAGCACACUGUGAAAGAUCGAGAUGGCACGGUGCCCAGCUCAUGUCGCUCUCUGCUCACUUGCUCUGCUCCUCCUGCUUCCAGCUGCGCGGUCGGCGACGUUCACGAUGACCAACAACUGCGGGUACACGGUGUGGCCGGGUCUGCUGUCGGGCGCCGGCACGGCUCCGCUGUCCACGACGGGGUUCGCGCUGGCGCACGGCGCGUCGGCGACGGUGGACGCCCCCGCGAGCUGGUCGGGCCGGAUGUGGGCGCGCACGCUCUGCGCGACGGACGCCGCCACCGGCAAGUUCACCUGCGCCACGGGCGACUGCGGCUCCGGCAGCGUCCAGUGCAACGGCGGCGGCGCUGCUCCGCCCGCCACGCUGGCGGAGUUCACCCUCGACGGCUCCGGUGGCCUCGACUUCUUCGACGUCAGCCUCGUGGACGGCUACAACAUCCCGAUGCUCAUUGUCCCGCAGGGCGCCGGCGGCGGUGGCGGUGGCGGCAAUGGGUCCGCUGACUCGAGCAAGUGCAUGGCCACCGGCUGCCUCGUGGACCUCAAUGGCGCGUGCCCGGCCGACCUGAGGGUCAUGGCCACGUCGACGACGUCCGGCGCCGGCGGCGGGGCCGUGGCGUGCCGCAGCGCGUGCGAGGCGUUCGGGACGCCGCAGUACUGCUGCAGCGGCGCUUAUGGGAAUCCAAACACUUGCCGGCCAUCGACGUACUCGCAGUUCUUCAAGAACGCUUGCCCGCGCGCUUACAGCUACGCCUACGACGACUCCACCUCGACGUUCACGUGCGCCACCGGCAUCACCUACGCCAUCACCUUCUGCCCGAGCACCACCAGCGGGAAGUACUCCGGCGAGAACCCGCAGGCCGCGGGCGUGCAGCCCACGAAUGGCUCCAUGGUCUACCUCGGCGGCGAGCAGCUCGCCACCGGCGCCGCCUCCGCCCGUGCGUCGCAGCUGUUCCUCCUAGCCGCCGCCGCCGCCGCCGCCCUCGCUGUCGUCGCGCUGCUCUGAGCUUGCCGACAUCAAGGUGUGAAAAUGGCGGCACAGGAGUCAUCGUUGUACAGCAGCUAGCUAGCGCACCCGCUGGUGUGUUUUGUCCUUAUCAGCCACGGCUCUUCCGGCUGCACGGGGGCAGCGAUAAGAUUCGACAAGAGAAAUGGAAGGGCAAAAGGCUGACGAGUGACGACAGUGCUGCUACUACGGCUAACCGAGGAGAAAACAACGAUAUCUCUGCGCACCGGAUGGCAUCGUUCUAUACUUUCUAGGUAGCUUAUGUCGUAGGGUUUAGGAUAACUGGUAGCAUGUGUUAACCUUUGCAUUCUUCUCUACGCUUCCUCGAUUUGUUGGGCCGAAACGAUGUAUCAUAUCCGUCGUUGUUCGCCGGGCACUCGUGCUAUAGAUUAUUAUUACAGCUAUGAUGAUUGUUUAAACUUUACCCGUUGAAAAGGACGAAACGGUAAAAUCAAUUAUCAUAGAAAGCUAGUACAACGUUUGAUUGA